AUGGGGAUGAUGACCAUGCGAGCAGUGGCUGUGGUGGCUGUGAUAGUCGCUGUGUUGGCUGUGGCGGCUGCUGCCACGCAAGAACAGCAGGCAGCCGCAACAACGACAACAACAACAAAACCAACCAACCGGCAGCAAGUGCUGCAAGUCAUGAACAAGGUGAACGACUACUUUAUCAACUCGAAACCAAAACCAAGCUGCGGCUGGACACGCGCCACCUAUUAUGCAGGAAACAUGGCGCACUAUUUGCUUGGCGGCAACACGACAUACUUUGCCCGUGCACUGGAGUGGGGCGAGCAGUACAAGUGGGAGACAUGCAACUACCCGCACACGUUGGACGAGAUCUCCGCCGCCAACGACUACUGCAACAGCCAGACGUUUGCGCAGCUCUACCAGCUCACCAACAACCACACCUACAUAAGCAACAGCAUCAAGGUCAUGGAUGUCCUCGUCAACAGAAGCAAAGUGGACGACUAUUGGUGGAUCGACGCGUUUUUCAUGGGUCUGCCAACGCUGGCGGCCAUGUACAACGUCACCGGCGACCAGGCCUUUGCCGACAAGAUGUUCCUUCUCUACAACGACACUUGCGUGAACCGCACGCUGUGGGACCCAACGGAGUCGCUGUUCUACCGCGACCAGACGUACAUUGGCAAGCGCACGCCGCACGGGGAGAAGGUGUUCUGGGGCCGCGGCAACGGCUGGGCUAUGGGCGGUCUCACGCGCAUUGUGCGCUGGAUCGCUCCCACAGACCCCCACAGGCAGGAGUACGUUGCCAAGCUGCGGGCUAUGGCAGACAGGCUGGUGCAGCUGCAGGCGGAGAGCGGCUUCUGGCACGCGUCCAUGCUCGACCCGCUUGAGACCCCCGGACCAGAGACAACCGGCACUGCGCUGUUUACGUUUGGGCUUGCGGCGGGAAUCAACACGGGGUAUCUCGAUCGCCACGCGUACCAGAGCACCGCCCUGCGCGCUUGGGAGGGCAUGCUUGAUCAAGCUGUGCACGACAGCGGGCUCGUUGGGUACUGCCAGCCGAUCGGCGGUGGGCCGGGCAACGCAACGGCAACAGACACCAGCGACUUCUGCGUUGGUCAAUUCCUGCUUGCAGCCAGCGAGAUUGCGCGUCUUGUGGACAGUGACGCGUGAACGAACCAUGGUGCUGCUGUGCACACACGGUGACCCUGGGUGCUGCUGCUGCUGCUGCUGCUGCUGCUGGAGGCGUGCUUGUCCUCCUCUUCACACACAUAUGUGUUAGCGUUGUCACUGUUGCUGCAUUCAUUUGCGGACCUUUUUGCACGCAACAACUGUUGUUCCUCGCUUGUUCGCUUCUGGUUCUGCCCCUUGGUGUUUUUCAACAACAUACAUCUAGUACACUGCUG